GGCAGCGUCCAUGGAUGUUAACCUUCAGAUGGAUCAGUACCAUGCGCACCUUCCUCAUGGCAACAGUUCUUCGCUAAAUCUACAUGCAACCACUGGACAUUUGACGCAUCCUCCUCCCGGCCCAAUGAUUUCUGGGCAAUUCAGCAUACCCCAAAAUCAUGGCCCCCACUUCAGCCAUGGUUUGUCUCCGGGACCCCAGCUCGACACUGCAAGUCAUACAAUGCACAACGCUCAAAACACGUACAUAAACACCCCUAGUUCUGUUCAGCAAUUGCAACAUCAGUUGCUAAUGCAACAGCAGCAGGCCCAGUUACGAUCGGCUCAUCAUUUCACAACACAAGCCAUGGAGAACUCCUCAGACGUACUGGCCAAACAACAUCACUCCCAAAUACCCUUACACCACUCUGUGCAAAUGGGCCAUACUAUGAACAAUUCAGUGUCUCAGCCGAGUGUUCAGUACUCCCCACCACUGAAUCAGGCUGACCCACGUCAGCACCAAUCCCCAAUUGGUCAUACCAAAGAUCCAUAUGGCACUUCGCACUACCAGCGCGCACCUCUUCGAGAAUCAGAUUUGCAUACACAUGUCCCAGGUACCCAACAUCAGAACUUCCCCUAUCCUUCGGGGCCCCAAAUGUUCCAUCCUUCUCCAACCUCCAGCGCACAGUCCAGCACUGGAAUCCCAGACGUGCCAAUACCCCCCCAUUCCAUCCCCGGGAAGGCCAAUCCAACCUCAAUGCCGAACGACGUUAACGAGCCCCUUACCUCAUUCACCGGCGGUGCGACCUCACUGUUGACUCCUCCUGCAAAGAAACGCCGUGGGCGUCCUCCUAUUCAUCCCCCAGUUGAUCCCGGCAAAGUGACCCCCGAGAUGUACAGCCAGACCAGUCAUGCUGAUAUUAUUCGUCGUAUGACAGAGGAGUUUGAUGAAGACUCCGGAGACUAUCCCCUCAUCCAAACAAGUCCAACUUGGCGCCGGUUCCGCUCCAACUUCGUCGAGUUCAUUCAAGUCCUUAUCCGCCAGUGUCAAUACAGCAUUAUCUACGAUCAGUGUAUGAUUGACCAAGUGAUAUCCUUACUUACGGGUCUGACCGACUCUCAGGUGCGGGCAUUCCGCCACACGAGCACUCUGGCAGCGAUGAAAAUGAUGACAGCUCUCGUAGACGUGGCCCUGAAUGUGAGCAUCAACCGUGAUAAUACCCAACGCCAGUACGAAGCCGAGCGUGCAAAAAUGGUCAAUCGUCGUGCGUCAGACCGGCUGGAUGUGCUGAUGCAGCGACGACAGGAGCUAGAGGAAAACAUGGAAGAGGUUAAAAACAUGCUCAUCUAUCUGUUCAAGGGUGUGUUUGUCCAUCGGUACCGUGAUAGUCAUCCCGAAAUUCGAUCCAUCUGUAUGCAAGAAAUCGGCGUCUGGAUGCGGAGGUACCCUGCGAUGUUUUUGGAUGAUAGCUAUCUGAAAUACGUUGGCUGGACUUUAUUCGACCGGGUCGGUGAGGUACGUGUACAAUGUCUCCGUGCCUUGCAACCGCUGUACGAAGAUCCCGCUCUAGUGAAUAGCUUAGAGCUAUUCACUUCGCGCUUCAAGUCACGCCUUGUCGAUAUGACUUUGGAUAAGGAAACGGACGUAGCUGUGCAGGCGGUCAAAUUGGUCUCUUGUAUACUAAAACACAACGACUCAGUUCUGGAAGAUAAGGAUUGUGAGAAUAUCUAUGAACUCGUCUACUGUACGCACCGCCCUCUAGCACAAGCUGCCGGGGAAUUUCUGACCCUCAAGCUGUUCGAGGUGGACUCACAUGCCCCUCCAACGAAAACAAAGAAGGGCAAACGCCGCAGUUCAAACACUCCGCUCAUCCGUGACCUUGUUCAAUUCUUUAUUGAGAGUGAGCUCCACGAACAUGCGGCGUAUCUUGUGGACAGUUUAUGGGAUCUUAGUCCAAUGCUUCGAGAUUGGGAGGCAAUGUUAGACUUGCUGUUAGAGGAGCCUGGUCGUGGCGAAGAGCCUAUGGACGCCAACCAGGAAACCAGCCUAAUAGAGAUCAUGGUUUGCUGUGUCCGGCAGGCUGCAACUGGAGAGCCCCCAGUCGGACGGCAAGCGUGUCGUCCGUACACAUCAUUUUCCUCUCACUUCCAGACUGGCGCACACCACUCUCAUUCUACUGCGCUUACCGGCGGACCGUCAGCAAACGAUCCUUUGGGACGUGGUCGGGGAGCUGGGGGCCCUGGUGGACCAGCUCCGUCUGCUCGCGAGGCUCGUGCUAUAGCCGAAGAAAAGGCCCGUAUGACGGAGGCUAUGAUAACGGCCUUGCCUGCUCUUCUCACCAAGUAUGGAGAGUCACCCGAACGUGCAGAAAACUUGUUGACUAUUCCGCGGUAUAUGGAAAUAGAACUGUACACCUCCGGUCGACAUGAAAGACAUUUGGAUCUCUUGCUGCAGGCUGUUCAAGACCUUGUCGAUCGGCAUACUGACCCCGCCACUUUGCUGGCCUGUUCUCGUCUCUAUGAAACCUUGUGUGCCGACGAGCUCAGCGUUGCAGCCAAGUGCCAAACUGUCCGUGGAACUUUGCUGGAUCGACUCACUGACGUCUACCGAAACUCAUUUCUGAACUACUUCAACGAUCAGGGUGAACCACCUGACCAGGAGGAUGAAUUUCAUCUGCUGAUUGCACUGAAGCGGAUAUACGCGUUCUAUGUGUGUCACGAUUUGUCCGGACUAGAUUUGUGGGACAGUCUCAUUCGCGUGGCGCAGGCGCGAGAUGAGGCUAGCGGAGAAAUCGUCGGUCAGGCGAUUGCAUGUUGCUGUCAUGCCAUCUAUUGGAGCAUUGCCCGACUAACUGAAUCGGAUACUGAUAAGGGUGAGAUCAGCAAGGUUCGUCGGAUGAUCAGUCUAUUCAUGGAGCUCUCUAUCGGCUAUCUGGAUCAUCCUUCUAAGCGACUCAGUUACGAUGCUUAUCUCUCAAUCUGUGAUUUGCUGGUGGUCCUUUGCCGCCAUUUGGCUGUGCGUCCUCCCAACCUUCAAUCCCUGGUCUACGUGGCUGAUCGUGAGUUGGAGCUCAAGUUGACCAACUAUCUAGAACGCAGAGUGUUUGUCGACGAUGACGACCAAGAAGACGAAGAUGAAAAUACAAAGUUUGAAGCACUACACGAACGUCGAACCCAAUUGGCGGCGUUUUGUAAACUGGUCAUUUACAACAUCGUUCCCAUUCGGGCUGCCGCUCCUCUCUACAAAUACUACAUUCGAUCAUUCAACGAUUUUGGAGACAUAAUGAAAUCUACAUUGGCCAAAGCUCGUGAACUCAACCGAGUUCAUACAGCCCGAAUGAUUGCUCACUGUCUUCAGCUUUGCUAUACAGAAGUUGAAGCCGCUUCGAAUCAUAAUAUCGAACGCAGAUCCGAGGGCUUGCAAGCUGUAAAGGAGCUGGCACGCAGGUUGAAUCUCAGUUUCGGCCUCGAUUUGGUUAAAAUUCGUGAAGCGAUGGUUGCGUUUCACUCCGAGGGUAUUCAGUUUUGUGUGGCGGCCGCAACAGCAGCAACCGGUGGACAACCUUCAGCAACAACGGUUCCACCAAAUCUCAUAUUCCUUGAAAUCGUUUCCGAAUUCUCCAACAAACUUCUCCGGCAAGACAAAAAGAGUCUGUCAGAAUAUUUGGGCCGAGUCUUUCCAAACUCCACGGGUGACGAGUGGGCAAGUUUGCACGCCUAUCGGACUACUCUCGAUCCUGACUCGGCAGAAGGGGUUGCUCUUCCUGGUCCACAUGAAACUGUCGGUACAAGCGGUCUGCAUGGCGUAGGAUCAGGUGCCCAUGGUUCCGUCGGUCGGCCACCGGGAUCCGGUCGGGGCAGGGGGAAACGCCAUGCUCGUGAUUCGGACCUGUCGUUACCUGGCUCCGAUUCCACAUUGCUUCCACAAUCUACGAGCACUGCCGUCAAACGCAAGCGGACAGGUUACACGUCGACAAGAGGUGGUGCGCACCAUACCUCGAUUCCCUCUGGGUCCGGAUCAACUCUCCUCGCCACAUCCACUGCGGAUGGUCUCGUUACUAGUCAACAGGUCAGUGUGUCUAUGGCUAACCUGCCGGGCAACGCGGAAACAGUCACCCAACAACAGCAACACUAAAUCAGCGAACGGCUGGUUAACGAUAGAAGUCGGUUUGUGGUAUGUGACCUGGCCACUAGCAACAUUUGAUAAGCACGUGCUUCUACGGUUGUGUAAAUAUAAUCGAUCCGGAUCUUUGCGGACCGCUGUGCAGAUAGUAUCCUCCACAUGUUUAUAACGUUCUACUUCUCUGUGCACAGUUUAUAGGCGUUAGGCGCCUCGACUCGGUUGCUUUGUGACCACCAGAUUAUAUUUACCUUUCGAGUUAUCCAGAUAUCCCACCAUCGCGGACGAUUUUGUGUUCGUACCCUUCCCAAAAAAAUUUACAUGUAUACAGAAAAGAAUUUAAUGGCCAGCAUUUUUUAUUCACACCAAGUCCUUCUCAGUCCUGGCAUAUGUGUUCUGCUAUCGCCACCACACCCCUCGCGCACGUUCGAAUCGCCUUUACUCGGUUUCUACUGCUUGUAUUCACACAGCCUACGAACACUUUCUCCCCAAGUUGUAUACUCAGAGGUCCUAAUAUAAAAGUGGUUCAGACGAAAUUACUGUUAGAUUCUCAUGUAUUUUUCUUUCAGACGCUCUGGUCUCCCUUCUCUUUCACUAACCAAAUUCCCGCAGUUAGGUUUGGAUUGUGUAUAUUAUUUUUUCUAUACAUCAUACCUGCAACCAAACGAUAUCUCCACUAAUCCCAACUGGAGUCCUCCAACACCCGUGUAUCACCCAAUGAACUGACUGCCUUGUUCACUCCAUCCCUCGUUUCUUUGGUCAACAUGCUAAUCGGUUUUUUUUUCUGAUUUACAACGUGAUCGACUGUUUGUGCCAUGGCGCGAAUUCCCUACGCUCAUUUACUGGCUACCAUUGGAUCACUGUCACCUGUAAAAUAAUCGCUUCAUCUCUUCACUCUUCGCCCCCUUCAUAUAAACAGAUGAUGUUUAGGUUACGCUUUUUUCUCUCGUUUGUUUAGUCUUUUUUGGGUAUCAACCUAGCGCUCUAUAAGGCGAUUAUGUACAGAUGAAGCGCACCUGUUUUUAUAAAAAAGGAUUUCUUUAUUGAAAUACAGGGAAGCAAACAAUGGGGAUGAGGAAUAUGUGGGAGCAUAUUCAGAAAACACUUCCAAGUACGUUAUGAAAAUCAACUCAAGAGGGUUUGCAAUCUGGCGGUGUAUCCGUAUCCUUUGUUUGAGUGUUUCGGAGGUUCCCAAGAUGGACAACAUUGGUUUUGGAUUGUUUUGUCUGGGGUUGUGGAUCUUUAUCUUGAGGUUCUGAGAUUAGGGUAUCUGAAGGCCAAACUGAUGGACCGGCGUUCUCGGUAUCCGGGCG